ACACAAUGUUGUUGAAGCUUUUUAGUCUUAUGAGAAUUUAUAAAGAAAACAUUAUAAAAAAUAGACAUUAAGCGUCAUAAAUCAAAACACCAAAGGUUAAACAGAAAGUUAUUUUUUUCAAGAGAAUUAAUUGACUUUGGACUUUCUUCACGUGGUUAGCUGCUGUGGUCUUUGAUAUCGUUAUUAUUAUUCUGUUCUUUCAGGGAAAGAAUAAAAAUAUAUACAAAAUUAAAAGUAAGAUUUUCAGCAUAAUAUAAAAAAUGAAGAAAGAUUCUAAUUCAAAAGAGAAAACUGAUAUGGUUGAUUUAUUUGAUGAUUUUGGAAAAACAGAUGAUUUGCAGUUACUGAAGAAAAGGGGAAUAAACUUUCCUAAGGAAUGGCGGAAAGUUUUACCAUCAACUAGAGAUAAAUACAAUUUCAGUUUAAUUGCGUUCCUGCGAACUACGAUUGGAAAAGAUUUAACCAAGGUUCCCAUGCCAGUGUGUUUUAAUGAACCAAUAUCUUUCUUGCAAAGGUUAACCGAAGACGUUGAAUAUGCUGACUUGCUGAAUAAAGCAGCAGAUUGCACAUGCACUGUAGAAAGACUGGCUUAUAUUGCUGCUUUUGCUUCAUCCAAUUAUGCAAAUGUACCUGGAAGGUUCUGGAAACCAUUUAACCCUUUGUUGGGUGAAACUUUCGAAUUCCAUCACAAAGAGCAUAAUUAUUCAGUCAUCGCUGAACAGGUGUCUCAUCAUCCACCAAUUAGUGUGAUUCAUGUCGAGUCUGAUAAAUGGGUGUUCUGGCAAGAAUACAAAUUAGAUACAAAAUUUCGAGGGAUGUAUGUGAAGGUAUGUCCUACUGGUAAUGUCCAUUUAAAGAUGAAAUCAGACAAUGUACACUACUCGUGGAAGAAACCAAGUACAACUAUUCACAACAUUGUGUUUGGAACCCUUUGGGUUGAUCAUGAUGGUUCUGUCGAAAUUACGAGCAAACAGACGAAAGAAACAGCUGUAAUACACUUUCGACCGCAUAAAAAAGUUUCGAAGGAUUUUUUGAAACUGUCAGGCUCUGUUUCUGAUAAAAACGGAGAAGUACAAUAUCACCUAGAAGGAGGUUGGAUGGAAAACUUACACGCUGAGGCUGUUGAAGGUACUGGAAGGGAAUCGCUGCACAUGUGGGAAGCAAUGGCAAAACCAGAAGAUAGUCAAAAAAUGUUUGGUCUUACAUCAUUUGCAAUCCAUCUUAAUGAAAAGAUUGAUGAUAUAAAAUGUCCAACAGAUUCCAGAUUUCGUCCAGACCAAAGACUUCUAGAAGAAGGUUUUGUUGAUGAAGCUAGCGAUGAAAAAUAUCGUUUAGAAGAAAAACAGCGCGCAGGUAGAAAAAAACGGGAACAGAACAAAGAGAUUUGGAGGCCACGCUGGUUCACGCUGCACAAGGAUGAAGAUACGGGUGUCGUAUCACAUGUUUACAAAGGAGGGUACUGGGAAGCCAAAUUGGAAAAUAACUUUACCGAAUCUCCAGAUAUAUUUUAAUAUUUAUUACAAAACUAUUUAUAAAUAAAAUUCAUAUUUUUAUAGUCUGACGACGUGUUCAGAGAAUUAAAUAAAAAAUGAAAUAAAUUUUAAUGAGGGGAGCAGUGCUUAGUCUCGUAGUCUUUGCAUCACACGCAUGCGCAUCACACGCAUGCAUGUAGCUGGUGAUUCCGUGACAUUUAAAAGCACACUGUAUCGUUUUGUUGAUGUUUUUUUGUUUUGUUAAGGUAUGUUUAUAUUAUGCUAUUUUGUAGCUAGUUGUAUUCAGUUUUAUGAAGCUGUUACGGAUGGAGCUACUGGGAGGGUAUUAGUUUUUAUAAAAAUUAUUUCUGCAAGCAAAUAAUUUCGCGAAUUUGAAAAUUUUUGCUCAACUUAAGUACAGUGUUUUGUUUUGUCAAGUUUAUAUUGGGAAAAUAUUUGUCGAAUUCCUUUAAUUUUUUUCGAUCUUUGUUUUAUUCGCUUUUUUUAAAAAUUACUCUUUGCGAAAUGAUUUCGCGAAAAUUAGUCUCAUUGGGGUAGUGACUUUGCCAUUCUUAUUCAAGGUAUAACUUUGUUAAAUACUUAAUAACGUUUAAAAUUGUAUAUUAACGUGGUUUGCGGCUAGGGAGUUUAAAGGCUUUUAGUAGAUUAUAUCAGCCAUUUUGUUUUGGAAACAUCUUAAACAAUCCAAAAAAUCCACAGUUGUUUUUGCGUAACAUCUUUAUAAAAUUCACAACAAUCCGAAAACCCAAGCAAACGAGAGAUGAACCAAAGAAGUACCCAAUAUCUUUCAUCCGUGAUAACACUCGAUUCGAAUAAAAUAAUUUAUUUUGGUAGAUAGAAAAAAUAUUAAAAGUAUUUUUCAAAUGUCUCGCAGGUUGUAUUUUUCGGUAAUUCUAGUAAAUAGUCGAAUAGUAAUAUGUGACGUAUUUAUAUAUAUAUAUAUGUAGUAUCAUUUAACGCCAUUUUCUUGGCGUUGUUUUUCAAUUUUUUUAUGGUCAAAUUCUUAUAGACAAACGCCCUUUUACACAUUCAAUAAAACUAGAGAUAAUAAGCGGUAUUACUAAAAUGGUAACCUGUGCUGUGGAGCAGCUCUAUUAUUAUUAUUGUUACUAGUCGUUAGUCCGUGGAAAAAUCCACGGGUUAGCCCGUCCUUUAAAUUUACACGUGGCAACAAAGUGGAUAAAAAUAUAUCGCAUUUGAUAUUCGUGUUUCCGUAACAUCAUUUUCUAACUCAGGGGGGGGGGGGGUCUGCGCGGAGACAGACAGACGGAAUACGGCUAUUAUCAUAGAGAUUUUUUUCUGCAUUCGUGUUUGUCGUAGUUUUAUUAAGAUUCGUUUUAAUUCACGCAAAUAAAUUUGAAAAUUUGAAGACAUUAAAUUCAUGCGAUUUGUAAAUUUUGGAAGUGUUGUGCUAUGGGGGCUCAUAGUUACUUUGUUUUGUUUUAUGAAAACACGGGGGUAAGCAUUAUGUUUGUAUAAUAUUUCAUGUUUUUUCAGUGUUUAUUUCUUAUAAAUAUAAUCAAAUUGUUGUCUCA